GGGCGUCAGUGUAGAGCAGACGUUGUGCAGGUCCCCUGAUCUUUAUAAUGUCAGGAUAGGCUAAAAGCGAGUUUUUGUAAGGAAAAUAGUACAUCCAUAUUACGCACAUAUGUGUAUUUGCGCAGUGGCUGUUUUAAACUGAUGUUAGUGAAUGUACAGACCAUCUCGGGAAUCAUAGUGCCAUCCACCCAUCCAUAGAUGAUUGCUAAUUGUACCACCAUUGUCGUGGUGAGAAGAUUGCUGUAUUCUCCAAACCAAGCUUGCUAGUGAAUCGUCACCGGUAGCAUUUGGGUUAGCUUAUAUAGUUGCUGCACGUAUAUCUACAGCUGGUCAGCUGCGCGUUCUUUCUCUCGUUCUUAACACAUAGAUUUCUAGAAAGGCUAAGCGCGGAUUUGACAAGAUUUUUUGUACUCUCUACAGCUAUAUUGAUCAUCCGUAUUACUGAUAACAGGAAAGCUAGUUCAUAGGUGCCAAAAUGCAAAAGAGACGGAAGCCCGAGCCGAUCCAGCUCAAUCCGAUUCCUGACGGGAACACUAUCAACGGAACCAGUGCGACGGAGACGAAUCUGGAGGCCCUUCAGAAGAAGCUGGAGGAGCUGGAGCUGGACGAGCAGCAGCGAAAACGCCUUGAGGCCUUUCUCACCCAGAAGCAGAAGGUGGGCGAGCUGAAGGACGAUGACUUCGAGAAGAUCUGUGAGCUGGGCGCCGGCAACGGCGGCGUGGUCUUCAAGGUCUCGCACAGACCUUCAGGACUCAUUAUGGCGAGGAAGCUGAUCCACCUGGAGAUCAAGCCGGCCAUCAGAAACCAGAUCAUCAGGGAGCUGCAGGUGCUGCACGAGUGUAACUCCCCCUACAUCGUGGGCUUCUACGGGGCCUUUUACAGCGAUGGCGAGAUCAGCAUCUGCAUGGAGCAUAUGGAUGGGGGCUCGCUGGAUCAGUCACUGAAGAAGGCAGGCAAGAUCCCAGAGCAGAUCCUGGGCAAAGUCAGCAUUGCUGUGAUCAAAGGCCUGUCGUACCUGAGAGAGAAACACAAGAUCAUGCACAGAGAUGUCAAGCCAUCCAACAUUCUGGUGAACUCACGUGGGGAGAUUAAGCUCUGUGACUUCGGCGUAAGCGGUCAGCUCAUCGACUCCAUGGCCAACUCCUUUGUCGGCACGCGUUCCUACAUGUCUCCGGAACGCCUUCAGGGCACUCACUACUCUGUUCAGUCCGACAUCUGGAGUAUGGGGCUGUCCCUUGUGGAGAUGGCCAUUGGCCGCUUCCCCAUCCCGCCCCCCGACGCCAAGGAACUGGAGCAAAUUUUCGGUUUCCCGGUGGAGGGCGAUGCAUCGUCCAGCGAGGCCUCCCCCAAACCGCGGCCUCCUGGCAGGCCAGUCAGUUCAUAUGGCCCAGACAGCAGACCUCCCAUGGCUAUUUUUGAGCUGCUGGACUACAUUGUCAAUGAGCCACCCCCUAAGCUGCCAAGCAUCUUUGGUGCUGAAUUUCAGGACUUUGUUAAUAAAUGUUUAAUCAAGAACCCUGCAGAAAGAGCGGACUUGAAGCAACUUAUGGUCCAUCCCUUCAUUAAGCAGUCUGAGGCAGAGGAAGUGGACUUUGCAGGCUGGCUGUGCACCACCAUCGGCCUGAACCAGCCCAUCACCCCAACCCACAGUGUGGGUGUGUGAAGCUGAAGACGUGCUGAGCUUCUAAUCAACUGCAGCAGCUGCCCACCUUGAAAUCGCCAAUGCUUCUCGAUGUUCAUGAUGUUUUUAAAAGGAAGGUCUUGUCAUUCACUUGCCAUAGCAAAACACUGCCUCUUUGUUUGACACCUGAGAUAAACUCUCUUGUUAGUGCACAGUUUCUCAACCACUGGACUAGGAAGGCUAACUACAGGGUACAAAGAUGUCUAACAUAGCAUUGAGAACCACGCCUCAAAUUGUUGUUCUUCGUAUCUUUGGUUGAAAGAUUCUUUAAGUGUGAUUAAAGUAAUGUGAGAAAAUUCAUAGAAGAAUUCUUUUAAGAAUUGGUGACUGCAAAAAUCUGGAGAAAAGUUUGACUUGGAACUACACUGAAAAUUAGAUGUCUUUUUUUCCAAGCUUUCAAAAUGCAGCCCAAGGAUCCAUUUGACGCAACUAAGCAAAUACAAGAUGUACAAAUUAGAGCCCGACCGAUAUAGGAUUUUUAAGACCGAUACCGAUUUCUAUAUUUGAGGAUUUAAAAUCUGAUAAUGAUAUAUCGGCCGAUAUUCUUCUUUUUUUCCAGAAACAUAACAUAAACAAAGA